CAGAUCCAAAACCAUUAUUUUUCAAACAUGUCGUCCGUGGACUACUACGCACUAUAAGAUUUUUAAUAGCUGUUGGGAGCUGCAAAACCAACGUCUUUUCCUGUCACCAUUGGAAUAGUACGGAAGGAAUACCAAAUAUCAAGCAGAAGUGAUCUAUUCUUGUCAGGACGACCAUGUACAAUUUUGAUUUUCAGCUUCCAAGAAGACAAGCACUACCAUCCCUGGUCUUGUAUUGAUUCGUUUUAUUCAUAUUCAUUGGCAAGAAUUAUACCUCAUCUCUCGAGAUCGAGAUCAUGAAGAUAAUCUUACUAAAUUAGUGCAUGAACAACAACUCAUGUUAGCAUGUGCAUCUGGUAUUUGUUCAAUUAUGUUGUUUGAAUAAUCAAAGACACGAGGACAUUUACGUGUCUAUCCUCGCGAAAGCGACUUGAAAACUAUAGUAUACAUCUGCAAACACAAUGAGCGAUUGACAUUUGUAGCUUGAAUAUUCAAGAAUCACAAAAUGGUGGACACAAGCAAGUGCAAGAGGAUAUUCGACACGAAUUUUGGUGUACGAUUGUUUGCACAACGUGAUUUCACCAUUGGUGAGACCGUUUUGCGAGAAGCACCCCUUGUUACAGGCACUAAAUGGACCUCAAAUUGCGUUGGCUGCGGGAAGGAGUUAUGUCUAGAGCAAGGAGAGGGUCGACUUUCAGGACACGGUGAUGAAGUUGAAGACCCGGAGCCGUGCAGUGGGUGUGGGCGUGCGCAUUUCUGUUCUGCAGAGUGCGCGUUUGAGCACGAGGAGGAAUGUCAUAGCUUCGAAUGCUGUUUCUGGAGCGCACAUGGUGACACUCCGGUGACACCGGAUGAGUGUCUCCUAAUUCGCACGUUAGGCUUGCAGGAUGAUGAUCACAUUCGCAAGUUUCUCACUCAGGAAAGUCAUCUGCGGGAGUUGGUUCCGAGCUUGUGUCUGACCCAUAGAAAAACAGAUGGAGGAAAUGAUGGCAUUACGAAAAAGAGACGUAGAUCAUCAACUCCAAGUCCGACUUCUUGUACAACUUCGACGAUGCAGGAACAGGAUGGCGGAGCACGACGAGAUGGCUUGGCGACCUCUUCGCAACCUCGGGAGGAGGAUUUAGUUGACUAUUUCUCAAACUUUGUUGUCAAGGGCUUGAACGAAGCUGGACUUGCUUCAGAUGUUAUGGCAAAAUGGAGGAGGCCGCUUGCUACACAAAUGAUUGUCGCGGCAAACGAACAAGAAACGCUAGAGCAGUCUCCACGUAGUAGUUCUGAUGCGUCCUCAGACGCGUCCACCGCAGAGCCAUUGAGCCCGGAUGUUGAUGAAGACCUCGAGGUUGGGGAAGGUCAAGUGCUGAACGCGGGAGCGAGGAGCUGCAAAGUGGAAGAAGAACAUGUAGUAGAUGCAAAGUUGUCUUCUGUUGGUCGUGAGAUCGAUGCUGAAGGAGAGCAGCUGAAACUUUUAGAUGUCGUGGCUAAUGUUUGGGCUCGAUUGCAUAUUAACCAUUUCGCCAUCGGGAGUCACGAAAUUGUUGUGGGGGGAAAGGCCAUGAAGAGGUCUAGGACGAAUAAGGACGUUGGAGGGCUCGGCGGUGUCUUCGUCGAUAUGGCAUUGCUGGAGCAUAGCUGUCAACCGAACUGCACACGCGUUUUCGUAGAUCACGGCGCAGCCGAAGUGCGGGCGAUUGAGAGAAUCCGAAAGGGGGACUUUCUUAGCCAUUGCUACGUCCCCUGCACGUGGCCGACUACAGAGCGGGCGGACCGACUUCGCGACGGAAAAUGCAUUGCGCGCUGCGCGUGUGCAAAAUGUAACAAGAUGUACAGCGUGUGCAAAAAAGUGAAGAGUCAGAGAGAGCGCGAUGAAACUAAAAAGGGUAAGGCGGCGCUACGUAGCGAUUUUCUGGACUUCAUGGUGCAAGAUAUGUGCUAUGCUGCGAAAGCCCAAGAGCAUGCGAAAGAGGUUCGCAGUCUGCAUGAGCGUUUGAGAGAUGUGGAAGCAAGACUGGCUGUAUUGAAGGCCGGCGGUACUAGUACCUCCGCGUCACCAACCGCAACAUCUCCUUCGGAGCAAAUACUAGUGGAGCCAGGAAAUGCUGAAGAACUAAAGGACAACUACAAAAACGAAUUGCAAGACGUGCUAAGGGAAGUUUGGCGGUGCGCUGAAUUCGAGAAAAAAAUGCGGUCGGUACUGGAGCUGCAGCUACCAGAGUUACAGGCGACCUCAAGAGGCGCUGAAGUGUGUGCCUCCUUGCCAGAGUUGGUGGUAACGCUUUUCGCGGUGCGAGCGAAAUUGUUUAUGUUACAGGUAUGGCUUCAGUUUCAGUAUUAGCAUUUGAAAAUUGAUAUAUUGUAGACUCACUCUACUAUCAGAGUCGGUCGGUGUCUGUUUAAUACAACACGACAAGGUACCGCCACCGCCUCAUGUACGAGGCAAAUAGAAAUACUUAUACAAUAUAUAACCUUGUUUCCUCGUUACUCCUAACAAUAUCUUCUUGUGGUAGUUGUCGCUAUUGUCGAAUAGAAUGCAUUAUAUUCACUAGAAUAACAAAAACUGACUCUACAACAAUGACUCAUUAAUUUCCGGAAGAAGAUUACUUAGCACGAUCUCCAGCAAGAGGUUUCCUAGGAUACUUGUUAUGACACGGAGUGAUUGCGAUGUUGCCAGUUAUUUUUCCUCUAAAACCGGGUGCGGAACAGAUGGAGUCCGGAGCGCCAAUACUGAAAAUGGCAACUAGCUGCAUGAGCGCUUGCCGGUUUGCUUCCGCCGCCUUAAGCCUAUCGGACCUGCCAACGGCUCAUCUCGCGCGCGCGGAGCUGCGGGAGAUACGUAGAGAUGCAGCCUCGUUCCUUCGACAGCUGAUCCUCAUGUUGUCCGACUCGUUGUUUGAUUUGGAUAUAGCGGCGGACGAGGACCCAGUGGUGACAUUGCUGAUGAUAAAUCUUUCUUUCUUGCCGGCACUACGGCCCGGCGACGAUGAAGACCCAGAUCUUGCAAAAUACUUUAUUGGAAAAAAGGAACAGCGUUCUUGUUCUAGAACAAGCUUUGAUGCUUCACCGUCUUACUGGUUCAGGAAGGCGUGGGAGGACUGUCGCGAAGAACAAGAAACCAUGGUGCCUGACGAUGCUGCAUCAUCAGCCGCAGGCCAACAAAACGCAACAGAAAAUGCAUGGACGCAACGAAGCGACUCGACCUUUGUUUCAGCAGCAGAAGUCGCGCGUCUCCAUCUGGUCCCUGAAAGACAAAGAGUGUGCAUUUUGUUGGAAAAUUUGAUUCAGGCGGACAGCAACUUUGUGAGAGCCGUUUAUCGGAUACAUGAAAUUGCGACACCAGCAGAAGAACAAGACGACUCCUCGUCCUGCUCGUCCUCCUCGUCUGAUGAAGAUAAUCAAGUCGUCUGGCAUUGAAGCACGGCGUCUACUUUAUCAUAGUCAAGACAAUUUUAGUUUUUGUCUCGUCCAAAAAUUUGUUCUACAAGUACAUUGCAUUAUAAUCUGGACGAUGUUUUUCUGUACCCCACUCUCGCUUUAAGGUCGUGAGGACACUAUUCGUUACCUCGAACAUCAUUUUGAUUUCCUCAGCCUCACACACCAUAGGUUUACGUCCAACCAAGCAAGGAGUACAUCCGUAAGGUGGACCGAACGCCGUAGAGCUGUCCAAAUGAGUCCCACCGCAUACUUCCCCCUGUUAUAAGGCUGAUUCUUGUCGCUCUCCUUGAUGCGUGACGCGUGACGCGUGACGCGUGACGCGUCACGCGUCACGCGUCACGCGUCCCACGUCACGCCUCCUAUAUGAGGCGUGACGUGGGAGGCGUGACGUGGGAGGCGUCACGCGUCACGCGUCACGCGUCGCCCCGAAGCCGCCCACGGAUCUAUCAAGGAUCCACGGAUCUAUCAAGGAUCCGCGGAGCGAUCGAAGGUCCACGGUUCUUGCAGCGGAUCACUCAAGGAUCCACGGAUCUCUCAAGGAUCCACGGAUCUCUCAAGGAUCCACGGAUCUUUCAAGGAUCCACGGAUCUUUCAAGGAUCCCCGGAUCUUUCAAGGAUCCACAGAUCUUGCAAGGAUCCGCGGAGCUUUCAAGGAUCCACGGAUCUUGCAAGGAUCCGCGGAUCUUUCAAGGAUCCACAGAUCUCUCAAGGAUCCACGGAUCUUGCAAGGAUCCCCGGAUCUUUCAAGGAUCCACGGAUGGGAUCUCUCAAGGAUCCACGGAUCUCUCAAGGAUCCACGGAUCUUUCAAGGAUCCCCGGAUCUUUCAAGGAUCCCCGGAUCUUUCAAGGAUCCACGGAUCUUUCAAGGAUCCACGGAUCUUUCAAGGAUCCACGGAUCUUUCAAGGAUCCACGGAUCUUUCAAGGAUCCACGGAUCUAUCAAGGAUCCGCGGAGCGAUCGAAGGUCCACGGUUCUUUCAACGGAUCACUCAAGGAUCCACGGAUCUCUCAAGGAUCCACGGAUCUCUCAAGGAUCCACGGAUCUUUCAAGGAUCCACGGAUCUUGCAAGGAUCCACAGAUCUUGCAAGGAUCCGCGGAUCUUUCAAGGAUCCGCGGAUCUUUCAAGGAUCCACGGAUCUUCCAAGGAUCCACGGAUCUUUCAAGGAUCCCCGGAUCUUUCAAGGAUCCCCGGAUCUUUCAAGGAUCCACGGAUCUCGCAAGGAUCCGCGGAUCUUUCAAGGAUCCCCGGAUCUUUCAAGGAUCCCCGGAUCUCUCAAGGAUCCCCGGAUCUUUCAAGGAUCCGCGGAUCUUUCAAGGAUCCGCGGAGGGAUCUUUCAAGGAUCCGCGGAUCUCUCAAGGAUCCGCAGAUCUUUCAAGGAUCCCCGGAUCUUUCAAGGAUCCCCGGCUCUUUCGAUCGAAGAUCUCUCAAGGAUCCGCGGAUCUAUCAAAGAUCCACGGAUCUAUCAAGGAUCCGCGGAGCUAUCAAGGAUCCGCGGAGUGUAUCAAAGAUCCGCGGAUCUAUCAAGGAUCCACCGAUCUAUCCAGGACCCGCGGAUCUAUCAAGGAUCCACGGAUCUAUCAAAAAAAGAUCCGCCGAGCGAUCGAAGAUCCGCGGAUCUAUCAAGGAUCCACCGAUCUAGCAAGGAUCCACGGGCCUCAUAUAAGUUAGCGAUAAUCUAGAUUCGUCAAAAUCAAGCCCCUCCUGCCCGUUGUUGCGUGCUGCGUGACGGUUGAAAUUGAGGGCAUACAUUUCAUCCCUCCCGAAGCUCUGGGCGUGACGCGGUGGGCGUCACGCGUCACGAAACAGCUCUACGGCGUUCAGUAAGUCCCACGGAGUACAUCCCGGCGACUUUUUUUUCUUGUGCUUCGCAAAAGCUAACACGCUCCACGAGCCGCCGCUUCGACCUUUAGUUGUUAUCAUCCCAGUGAAGAUCAAGGUGACUUCGUUUCAUCGACACAGCAAAUCUUUGUCUGAAAUGAGUGACAAUCUCAUUUGAGGGAUGAACAACAAGGGCAAAGGUUACAAUGUUGACUUGCAAAGCUUUUUUCUUCUGCUUCUGUUACGCGAGCUACGUCCAUGAUCACACAUGUUAUCACACUCACUCAUUUCCAAAAUAGACAGUAUAUCGACGCUGCGUGGUGUUAUUCUUAUUUGCGAAGAACAAAC